AUGGGCAAACCCAGACCCCAGAAAAAGAAGACCUCUAAAUCCAAAUCCGUUCUCAGCGCCGGUGGCUCCGUCUCGAAACAGAAAAUGAACCAAGACCCUUCGAAGCUCCUCGACCAAGCGACAAUUCUCCUUCAGACGGGACAGGCCGAUGGCGCGCUUGGAUUAGCCCAACAGGCCCUCGACAAUGCGCCGGCCAAUUCGCCCGCUCAGCUUUCCGCCCUGAACCUGGUCGGCGAGAUCUACGUGGAACUGGGAGAUAUCGAUACGGCGCGGGAGCAGUUUUUGCGUGCAGUCGAGCUGGAUCCGACGGGCACGAUACCCGAGUCCCAGGGUGGCGGGGCGGAAAAGUUCUUAUGGCUGGCUCAAUUGAGUGAGUCGGGCGGCAAGGACAGCGUGCAGUGGUUCGAGAAGGGUGUCUCUGCCCUUCGACAUGUGAUUGAGCAGUUGGAGGCAAACGCCGGUCCGCAGAAUGCCAUUGAGUUGGACGGAAAGAAGCGCAAGCUGGCCAACGCCUUGUGCGGCGUGGCGGAGAUCUACAUGACCGAUCUUUCAUGGGAAGAAGAUGCGGAAAGCCGAUGCGAAUUCUUAGUUACGGAAGCGCUCAAGGCCAACCCCAAGGCGCCUGAGGUGCUGCAAACCCUUGCUUCCAUCCGGAUCUCCCAGCUGCGAACAGACGAUGCCCGAGAGGCACUCACGAGAAGUCUGGCCAUAUGGAAGGACCUGCCACCCGACGACCUCACCAUUCCAGACUUUGCGACCCGCAUCAGUUUGACCCGUCUGCUCAUGGAGGUGACCAUGGAACUCGAGGCCCUGGAGGUUCUGGAGCGUCUGAUUCUCGAAGAUGACCAGAGUGUGGAAGCAUGGUAUCUCGGUGGAUGGUGUCUCUACCUUCUGGCGGAGAAGCAGCAGGCCCCGAAAGACGCCGAGGCGGACGAAUCGCCCGAGGCGAAACGACAGGCCUCACUUGUCGCCAGUCGAGAGUGGCUCAAGCAGGGUCUGGCUCUCUACGAAGUGCUCCAGUAUGAGGAUGAGAGGUUGAAGGAACACGCCACCGAGUUGGUCCAGGAAAUGAACAAGGAACUCGGAGAGGAGAUGGACGAGGAAGAGGGCGAGGAAGGAGAGGAGGAGUGGUCCGACGAGGAGAUCGAGGCCGAGUCGGACGGGGACCAUGAGAUGGCGGAUUCAUGA